UCUGCUCAGUGUUAGUGGAAGAGAAGCCGCAGCUGUGAUUAGGACUGAGUAUCAUGGAGAAAAAUGGAAAGGAGACGCACUGACAACACGGAGUACACGCACAGAGAUCUGGACUGGACUUAAGAUCCCAGCAGUGUGAUUCCGCUGCAGGCGUGGCGAAUUUUCCGGACGACUUAGGACGCAGUGAAGUUGCGAGAAUCUUUGUCGUCCCGGACUGGGGAAAGACGAGGGGGCCCGAAAUUACACUGACGUCGGUGGAAGUUGAGCUACGGACUCCGCUAGCCAAGUUAGCUUUUAGCUUGCUGCGAAAUCUAUUUUUUCUUUUUAUUUACCGAUGAGUUAUCUUAACGCAGUACUUUGCGUGGCUAAACGUAUCCCGUCAGUGUCUUUGAAUAAUUACAGUUUUAGGAGAACGCUAGAAACAAUGAGAAUUGCUACGCUAGCCUGCUAGCUUGUUGUCCCCCUGCUAAGGUAGCCAGAAAGCUGCCUUUAAAUAGGAACAAAAAGACAGAUAUCACCAUCUACCCCCCAGGGCUGGAAGUUUGCUAGCUGACUAAAAACAUAUGUCGUCACAUAUAUCUGCGUUUGCAAAGUGACAGUCCUUGCGUAACACAGUAAGCAUGCUUUUCCUCCUUACAUAGAUUUACCACAAAGACCAGCCACAACGGUCAUCCUGUCCGGAUACAGCUUGAGUUACUCUUUGGUUAUCUUGUGUUUUCAAUCAUUCAUUAAACUUCGGCAAGAUUUAUUGGAACGGGAAGGAAUUGGUCUUGGUUGAGGCUACACAUUUUUUUUUUUUUUUUUUUUUUUAGCUGCGUUUGAGGGUUGUUUACUUUGGAUAAAGUUCGCAUCAGCACCGUGGAGCAAACUGUUAUUUCUCUAAUCGUUUGACUUUAGCCAAAAAAAAAAAAAAAAAAAAAGAUGUUUUGUUUUUCAGAGCCACAGUUUUGGCUCCCACCUUGUUUUUCAAGAAGGACAUUCCUCUGAGACCGUGGCUGUUUGUGAAGCCUAGAAAUCACCUACUUGGACACUUUUAAGAAGACUGUGAACAGGCUGAGCGAAGUCUGCUGGACCCGCAUUCGUCACGUUCAUGGCACAACAGAUCUUGUUUUGGAUCAAGUGAGGAGGAGCACACAGGGGGGGGGAGCUGCUUGGUUUACCCGUCCGGGUUUUCAGUCCCUCGUUUUAGCCUCCAUCCGAGAGAGAAUGGGCAGCCAGGGCAGUCCGGUGAAGAGUUAUGACUACCUGCUCAAGUUCCUCCUGGUCGGAGACAGCGAUGUGGGCAAAGGAGAGAUCUUGGACAGCCUGCAGGAUGGAUCUGCUGAGUCCCCUUACGCGUACAGUAGUGGCAUCGACUAUAAAACCACCACUAUACUCCUGGACGGCAGAAGAGUGAAGCUGGAGCUGUGGGACACCUCGGGGCAGGGGAGGUUCUGCACCAUCUUCCGCUCGUAUUCCCGCGGGGCUCAGGGGAUCCUGUUGGUAUAUGACAUCACCAAUCGGUGGUCGUUUGACGGCAUCGACAGGUGGAUCAGAGAGAUCGAUGAGCACGCUCCCGGCGUGCCUCGGAUACUCGUGGGCAACCGCCUGCAUCUGGCCUUCAAGCGGCAGGUCCCCACCGAGCAGGCGAGGGCGUACGCCGAAAAGAACGGCAUGACCUUCUUCGAGGUGAGCCCCCUGUGCAACUUCAACGUCAUCGAGUCCUUCACGGAGCUGUCCCGCAUCGUCCUGAUGAGGCACGGCAUGGAGAAGUUCUGGAGGCCCAACAGAGUUUUCAGCCUCCAGGAUCUCUGCUGCAGAGCCAUCGUGUCGUGCACGCCGGUCCACCUCAUCGACAAGCUCCCGCUUCCGGUCGCCAUCAAGUCCCACCUCAAGUCCUUCUCCAUGGCCAACGGCAUGAACGCCGUCAUGAUGCACGGACGCUCCUACUCGCUGGCCAACCCGGCCGGCGGCUCCAAAGGCAACAGCCUGAAGCGCUCCAAGUCCAUCCGUCCGCCUCAGAGCCCGCCGCAGAACUGCACCCGCAACAACUGCAAAAUCUCCUAACUUCUGCCGCGUCCUGGGUGCAGCCGAGAGACAGCGAGCCGUCGACAGCGGGGGCUCGGGAGACGGAGGUCGAAGGUAUUUGUCAGCCGGUGGAAAUCCCUAAACCUGAAGCCCAGGGAUCGUGUGAGGGAUGAAUGAGUGAAUGCCUCCCACCUUCAUGAGUUCACAUUGAAGGGUAUAAAGUACUUUCCGUGUGAAGAUGAGGGGGCUUGAAUGGUGCCUCAGGAUAUCAGAGACUACCAACUUUUUUUGACCUGAUUCUCACUACAAUGAGAGAAAAGACUCAGUAAACCAAGCUGGAGCGUUAACUACAUGUAUAGAAAAUCUAUCACCAACUCAUAUUUAGUUUCUCUUCACGAUGCACUCGUCGUGCUUGUGCAUCACCGACAUCACCUCAAGCUGUAUUCUCCACUUUAUGUCUUCGUGUCCUUCUUUUGUUCGUCUGUCCACACCUUCCGUUUAUUUGCUAUUUUGACGACCAAUAAGCUAACGAUCAAGACACUAGGAAGCGUUCAUUUCCUUUGGAGUACUUUAUUGAUCAUUGUUUGUCCUCACCUGGCUGUAACAUCUACUGAAGAUGAAUGAAGGUUUUCCCUCUGGUGUUGCAGUUGGAGCGUUGGAGGUCUCACUCAGGUCAGAAACCUGAAGGAAACAACCUGAAGCAAGUCUCAGGUCCAGACUUGUUAGCGUGCCUUGAGUCCAAGUCUAACUUUUCUCACAGGAAUCUCUUUGGUCCAUAUAAAAAAAAAAACAAAAAAAAACAAGUGUAAGCUUUAAUCGGAGCUGAGAGCAUCCAGCACACGCUGCAUUUUUAAAGAGCCAGGUUUACUCGCUUAAAGCACGACAGUAACAGUGAAUUAGAAAACCCACAGGCGUGUGGAUUUUAGUGUUUUUCUCCGGUCUGCAGAGCCUCCUCCUUUACCAAGGGAACCCGUGAUGCUUGUUGCCAUGGAUACCAUGCAAAAAAUAGCCCAUUUAAGAUCCCUCCAUCUUUUCUGAAGUUUAUUUGUAACUCAAUUGGAGCAAUUGUUUCGGCAAAGCGGAACCCGCAUCCAACGCAUCUGAGACGAGCUAUGUAGUUCCACCGGUCUCCUUCUGCUGAGGCUUCUCCGUUAAACAGACUCCUCCAUCUUAGCAUGUUCAGAGGUGAGAUGAAGGAUGACGCCCUCAUCCGCCGCCUGGAUGUUGUCAGAAAUCCAUUUUCCCGUCGCUCUCUCCUUCACCUCCUCUUCUUCCUUUCAUCCCGUCUCUGUCGUCCUCCCCGCCGAGUGUUCAGGGACUCUUCUUCGUGUUUUCAGAUGUCACAGCUCACCUGUCAGCAGGUCUCGUCAGCAGAAACCCGUCUCCGCUUAUCUUUUGUUUUUCCUCAAAACACGAGCCCUCACAGUGAUGCUCCACCCAAAGCCUGCGUCCGCCUUCCGUGGGCAGUUUAACGAUAUAGACGUGGGUCACAGUGUAGUCGUUGUUAAUAUGUGACCAAUCAAGGAACAUUAAAUAUUUACCGCUUCCAGCUAACCUUUCGGUUAUGGAAAAUUGUGCCAGUCAUUAUUCACUCUUAAAUGAUUGAAAAUAAUCAUCUAUUGAACAUAUGGAACACAGAGAAACUGACUGUGGCUUGAAAGGCUUUUGUCCACAUUUUCCUUCUCCUCGCGAAGAAAACAAAGGGGAGUUUGGGUGAAGCAUCAUUUUAACUAUCCCGUGCCAAAUUUUAAAACCAGUAAACACAGACUCACACGGUUUCCGUAGCUGCUGUACUACCCUGCUAUUUUUGUUUGUCCUCCAUACAUUUGCCAGUCGAGCUUGAGAGAAAGUCAGGUGUAAACGGAAACCAGUCCGAGCGCCCGGGCGAGCUCGCGUUGAAGUGGAAUAUUCCCAGUAUUGAUUGUAAACAGUGACAUUCUCAUCCCCUGGCUCCUCCUGGUGCAUGUUUUAGCCCUUUAAAUUCAUUGAUAGUUUUUAAAAGCAGUGAGUGCAGAUAUAAUUCAUUCACCUUAAUUAUUAAAAUCUAUAAAAAGUAUAAACUUAUAGAUUUACGUUUUUAAUGAAGUAAAUGGAGCAUGUUCAGGCUGUUUGACUGGAUGGAAAUAGAAACUGUUUUUACUGUAGACCUCCGUCGUAAAAGAGGCGUCUGUAAAACUGUUUACGACGCACGCGCCCGUACGUGACGUCAGUGAAAGGUUCCUGACGUCACCUUGUCUAAAAGGUCAACAGAAGAAACACUAAUAAGCAAGAGCGGACCUUUCUUGGCUCAUCUGCAACAGGAGCUUUUUUUUAAUCCAAGCGAGUGGAAGCCAUCUUCGCUUCUCGUCCACUCCCUCUUUGUACUGUUUGGCUGAUGAGGUGCAGACACUAAGUGAUGAUGACAAACUUACUGUACGUACACUUGAAAAAAAAAAAACACACGAAUUCCGAUCCGAGCUUUCUGUAAUGUGACUGAAGGAGAUGUAUGAGGCCUUUGAUGCGCACGCGAUCCUUCAUUGUUUAUUUUCAUGAACGAUAAGAAAAAGCACAGAAUACCUGCAACCUUUAAACACGAGCACAAUGUCAUCCGUACAGUGUGAUCACGAGGAAAUGGUCAACUUUCCUAAAACAAAAACAAAAAAACAUUAGCAGCCACAUAUUCCUCCUUCAUGUUCCUCACCACGCUGCAUUCAAGUCCGGCAGGAGAUACGGCCGUCACACGUAAACAUUGUUCAACAUCAGUCUCUUGAUCAGGGUCCCGUAGAAACGAGCCUGAACAUGUGAACUCUUCCGAGUCGCUGCCUUUUAACCGCCAAACCGCUCCGACUGGAUCUCCCGCGGGACUGAAUGCAGCAUGUCUCCUGCUUGUGAUCUGCACCACCGCCUCCGCACGCUGUCCCAUGAUUCAUAGCUGCUGAAUAAUAGAUGCUCCUUUCAUAGAUCUCUGGAGGGCUUCAUCUACAUCUCUCCUCGCUGCUCUUUCAUCCACCUCUCCGCCCGCUGCGUGGUGGAUCUGCAUCUGCCUCGUUUCCCUCCUCUGUAGUGUCGGGAUGAGCAGCAGGUGUUCGCUUUUGGCCUGGUUUUGGUUUUCGGGUUAUUUUCGGUUCCCUUUCUUCAGGUGGAGACACCUUCUUAAACAUUUGGCUUUUGUUCGUCCCGUGUUAACGGACUCUCCUUUUGUCUCCGCUUUUCUGCCCAUCCUGUCUCACAAAGAUGUCUUCACUCACUUUGGCGAAGAUUUCUGCUGCCCUCUGAUCUGGAGUCGUAUUACACUUUUUACACGCUGUAGCACAUUUACCAUGAUCUUUUAAAAUCGGUUUGCCAGCCUUUAAAAUGAAGCUACCUGCAACCUUUCAUCAGGGGGUUGUACCUCAGCUUUCUCAGGUUGUUUCAUUUGAAUACGUUUUAUUCAAUUAAAACAACUUUUAUGAGUUUGGGGAGAUAAAAUGUCUAAAAUGUUUUUGUUUUGUUUUUUUAAAGACCAACUUUGCGUUGCAGGGACUUUUAGACUGUUGUGUUAGCUUGACACUUAAGUGCCGAAUUUGGAUGGCACCGUAACAUUCAAGAGCCACACUAUCAAAUUGAUUUCACAUUACAUUUAGAAAAGCUAAAUUUUAAGGUUGUUCUUCUGUUUUCCUGUUAUACUCAUAACGAGCCGUCUCUCGGGUCAAAAACAAAAUUCAAAGCCACAAAAUUUCUAGUCAAGAUCCCUGAGUUUCCAUUUGAUGACAUUUAAAAAGGUUUCGGGGUUUGAUUUGACAAAAACAUCCAAAAUAUUAGCCAUUUUUUUAACAAAAAAAGGAAAAGGUGGCACUAUAAAAAUCUUCUACUUUACUUUGUUCAAACGUUAGUAUGCUGAGCACCACCCACUAAACACUAGCAUGUUAGCAUGUUAAGUUUAACUGCCGCUAUUGCUGUAGUUAAACAAAUGGGAAUCAGCAGCUGUAAACAUCAGUAAUGACCAUGUGGUUUGUAGGAAAUGCUCUAAAACCUGCAGAAACACCGGUUUGCUCCUCAGUGAAUCUAACACAAAGUAUUUGUUAAUAGAAGUUAAAUUUCUGUAGAUUUUUUUGUUUGUUUGUUUUCUUAACAGAUGUUUUCCCCCACAAGAGCAACCACAAAAUGGAUAACAGAGUCAUCAGUGUUUCAGAUCAAGUGUUAAAAGAAAGAAGGAGCGAUUCUCCAGCUCAGUCCCAGAGGUUACAUUUUUUUAGAACUUCCCUCUCUGUGAUGAUAUUUAUUGUUGUUUUUGACACGUGCAUCAACAUAUUAACUGUCUCCGUUUGAAAUGCCCUCCAUGUCUCGGUUCCUCCCUAUUUUAUUUAUUUUUUUCCUCCCACCUUUUAUUUCCAUUUUUAAAAACAUCGUUUGCAGCGGAUUGUGGGACGUUCAGGAGCCCUUCAGGGACACCCUCUGAUAUCUCCGGGUUCUGUUGGAAGUGUUUGUGUGGAGGACUAAGAGAAAAACAACCUGAAAAACGCUAUUCUUACUUUGUUUUGUUUUGGGUUUUUUAUUUUUUAUUUUUUUGGCUAAAGCUGCUGAGUAAUCUGAAGCGAGUGAGUGUGUGUGAGAGUUUGUGUGAGGGAGAGAAAAUGUUCUUCACCAAGCUGAACAUUUUUCCUUUUUUUUAUUUUUUAUUUUAAAUUAUUGAUUGUACAGUUCAAGACAACAUGUAUGAAGAGACUUUUUCACAAUAAAACUAUUGAAUGUUGAAGUCA